AUGGUCUCCCAUAUGCUUAUGUUAUUGCUAAAAAAAGUGAAACUUGGUGAACCAAUCAGAAUGGACGAUGUUUUCUCUCAUUGGAAGAGACUUAGUUUCGAUGAUGAUGGAUGCAUAGAUGAAGGUAAAUUGAAUAUCUCUAUUUUGACCAAAUGGAAAGCGAUACAAGAGAGAUUUUCGAAGGCCGAUGACAACAUGAAACUCCACAUAAACGAACAAUUGAGGAAGAUUUGA